AUGUCUGUGACUCUAUCUAAUAUUUACGUAAAGAAAAAUUUCCCAAUGAAGCGAGAAUUUGAAGAUUUUAAUGAAGAUAAGGACGCCGAAGCUUUCAGUGACGAAAACGAGUCAAGUGAUGUAGAAAAUUCAAAUGAUAAUGCGAACACAGCUUUAGAUUACUCUGAGAAUACACUGUCAUUGAAUCCUGUUGCUGACUACAUUAAGAAAGAAUUCCUACCAGAUUUUGACUUCAAUCCGUUUAGAAAUCAAAAUAUUUUUAAAGAUGGCUUCCAAAAUGCUAGGACACCGUUUUUAUUACCAUCUCAAUUAUACAAAAGCUUUUUGGCGACACUCGGAAAGAGACGAAGAAAUGUUACGGACUGUUAUUCAUUGUAUUCGAGAAACAUGUUGUUUUCUAAUGGAUUCGGUUUUGAAGUAUCUGAUGAUGAGAAUGGUGAUCGAACUGCUGACUCGCCGGAUGAGAAGGCGGGUGCAUCAUCAGCCUUCGUGUGGAGUGGAGGGGGAGUCACGGGGGGUGGGGGGCAGGAGCAACAGCAACAGACCAGUGUGCCCACAGGCACUUCUGGUGGUGGCGGCGCUCAGGGCCUGGUACACUGGAUGUCGGUGAUGGCUGAACACAUGGGAGGGGGUCAUGACCCCUCCCACUACGCUCUACCCCCCUGGAAUAAUGGUGCUGUUGAUGUAAGUACUAUAGUCUUAUUAAAGAUACCUUAA